CAGUCCGGCACCAGGGACCUGUAUGAGGAGCUGAGGACCUGAGCGAUGCCCGCCCUCACCUCAGUGCACUUGACCCCCUACUGUGGACAAAUGAAGCCCAGCUGGUUUGCUGCUUCCCUGGGGCCCAAUUCUGUGUUUGGGUUUCCAGGGGUUAAAGAGACGCUGUCGCAGCCCAAGGUGAUGCCGCCGAACAUCACGGUGGUGGAGAGCUGGACCCUCAAGUCCACGUGCGAGACCCCCACUGGCACCAAGACGCUGCUGUGGGACCAUGACGACUCUGUCCUUGUGCCUGGCGGCUGCGUGGGGCUGUCCCCGGGAAACCGGGCCCUGACGGUGUUGGGGGUCAGCCAGGACGAUGCUGGUAAUUACACUUGUGAGGUCAGGAACCCCGUCAGCCACAACCGCAGUCGCCCUGUCACCGUUACGGUUGUGUAUGGGCUGGAUGCUGCCACUGUCGCCCCGCCAGGGCUCUUGGACCAGGCUGUAGGCUCCGGGCUGGGGCUGACAUGAGAAGCCGGCUCCUUGCCGGCCCUGCGAUACAGGUGGUUUCAUAAUGAUACUGCGCUGCCCAACGUGAAGGCAACCGUGACCAUGGCCACGCUGCAGCGGGGCCAGCAGCCCCUGUAGCAGGGCAUGUACUGCUGCGAGGCGCACAACCCUGUCACCAGGCUCACGGCCGCCAGCUGCCCCCUGGACCUCCCCCAUCUCCUCUCUCUGUCUCUGACCUGCCCCUUUCUCCCCGCAGACACUGCAGCCCAGAGCCCAGGACCUGUACUGGGAGCUGAGGACCUGAGCAAGGUCCCUCCCCCCCCGCCCCCAUGCAUGCUGGGAGCCCCGGUGUACUUGACCCCCCCUCUGCAGCCAAAUAAAGCCCAGCUGGUUUGCUGCCUCCCUGGGCCCCGAUCCUGUGUUCAGGCCUUCCAGGAUUCAAAGGUCAAGGUGGGCUUUGGCACCUUGGAAAUGCGGUGUCAAGGUUGAGGAGGCAUCUCUGCCUCCUUCCCUCCCAGCACCUGGAGAGGACCCAGGAGUCCGGGCCCAUAGCUUGUGUUGCCCUGAGGGGUCAGGCCAACUCUCAGGAUCUCAAUAUUGUGCUGUUAGACAGGAGGGUGUGGUGUACAAUUGCACAGGCACACACUCAAAAAUCACACUCUAGGUGUAUGAACCCCCACCAGGCACGCACACGCACACUACCAAUUCAGGCACAUACACAUCCAAAAUUACCAGCUUGGGCAAAUGCACGCCUAUCUCCAAUUCAGGCACCUACACACACUAUACAGACCAAAAGAAAUUAGAGCAGAAUCAACUACCAAUACCUGCACACCCAAUACACGUACAUGGAUCAGUAAUCCGUAUAUCAUGCACACAGUGACAUACAUGUAUAUCAGUUCACAUACAUAUCACUCACCUACACACACACACAGGUGAGUUCCUAACCUGGGUGUUGUGGUGUGUAUGUAUGUGCUUGGUGUACUUGCGAUACCUGGGGGAAGGUUAAGGUAAGGGAGAGUGAAAGUGUAGGGGGUGAAAGUCACCGGGACUGGGAUUAGAACUGGUAGACUAAAAUGAGAACUGGGUUGAGAAGCUGAGGCUUGGGGUUACUUUAGGUCACUGCUGAUGGAGACUGAGAUAAAAGCUGCCAGUGCUGGGAUUAGAACUGGCAGACUGGAGGGGCGUUGGGGUAAUUUAAGGUUAAUUGGUGUUAAUUGAAAGCAGAAAACAGGCAGAGCAAAGGAGUAAUGCUGGGGAAAAGCCCGGAGGCUGGAGCCGGAGCAAGGAGGCUACAGGGGAGCCAAGAGGUACGUGGGGACAGGAAAACUGGGAGUGGGGCUGGGGGGAGGCUGGAGAACACAGAGAGAGAAGGCAGAGAAAAAUGGGGAUUGUGCAGAUGUGGCAAGAGGCAAAAAGUGGCGGGAGGAGAGUGAGAGCUGAGGGACAGAGAGACAGAGCCUGGAAUUUAGGACAGGGAAGGGGCCAGGGCUCAGUAAAACAUACCCAACUCGGGGUUACGAGUGAUAGUGGUUUUAUUGAACAGGGGAGACGGUGACACAAUAUUUUAUUGGUUCCUUUGUGCAUGUGUGCGCACACACACACACACACACACACACACACACACACUGGCAGCAGGGGUUAAAAGAGGCUUGGU